AAAAGGAGAGGAUAUCCCGCGUCCUGAGAUAUCCGAGGUGACGUCAGAGGUCGCAGACGCCCACUGGAAUCAUAUCAAGUGGUGCUGGUCAAUUGAUCCAUCUGCUCGUCCAUGUGCCCUCACGGCUAUGAACUUCAUAACGGAGGAACUAGAAGCUUUGAAACAAAAUGAUGUCCUUGUUGGCGGGUUACAAGAAAGCCAUCAAAGUGCGUGCUUGGUCGCGGAGCAGGCUGGGACUUCGACUGCACCGUCCUCGCGAACCCUUGUUCCGUCACGCAAAACCGUUCCUUCUAAUCCUCUAUCACACCAUUCCUUUUCUACGGCCUCGUCGCUGUCACUUGCAGGUCCUUUGAAUGUAUUACUUUUCGGGGAGACUGGAGUCGGGAAAAGCGCCAUCAUCAACUUGAUUAUGGGACGCGACGUUGCACAGACGUCGCCAGAUGGAGCAACCUGCACACUGCAGCAUACCUCUCACGAAGUCAGUUUUGGAGAUCGCCGAUUCAAACUUUGGGAAGUUUCCUCACUCGGAUCGAUGGGUUUUUUCCGGACCCUUUUUACAAAAUGGCGCCUGAAAAAAUCAUACAAGAAGCUGUAUAGAGAUGACGGAGUCUACCUUCUUUUAUAUUGCAUGAGGGGAUCGAGGGCUCAGAGAGCACUGAUCAGGGAUUAUAAAUUCUUCACUGACAUUGUUGGCUCCACAUCCACUGCGGCAGGCGGCGUACCAGUCGCUGCUGUUGUCACCUCCUUGGAAGAUUAUCCUACGGACAUGGAUAAGUGGUGGGUGAAGAACAAGGAUAACCUGGAAAGCCUCGGGAUGCGGUUUUCCACACAUGCUUGUAUCACUUCGCUCCCCGAUGACCCAUAUGCAUCACCCGCUAUGCGCGCACGCCGACAGCGAUCAGAACAAGUCAUCCGCUGUAUUAUUUAUGAGUCCUACCAAGCAGGCCAAACACCUCGCAGUUCCAGUCCAGCUUUGACUUUAUGAAGAACUCGAACUUACUAGUUAAGUAUUAUUGCCUUCGGAAAUUUGGGUUCCCCCGGCGGGUCGCCAUGCGUAUGUCACUGUUACAAAAUCGAUUCAAGGCUUCAUCAUGACCCGAUACAUAUCCUUUAUAUCGCACUGUACUAAUGUGUGUACUUAUCGUGUAUGUGUAGAGUUCGAUACUCACUAUAUUGUCAUCGUUGUUCUUGCAAACCCUGUGACUCG